AUGGCAGGAGGACGUUGUAUUUCAAAUAGAGGAAUAAAACACGAAUUUUCAGAUCAACUAUUAAAAAGAAUUCGUGAAACUAACUCAGAUGCCGCAGAUCAUAUCUUAGCAACAAUUAAGGAUGAUUCUAAAUGUAUGGACUUUCAAAUCAACAGACACACAACGUCUACAAACAAUAUAUUUGAUUAUUUAAAUGGUGGAAAACUACACAUGCCAGAAGACAUAUGUCCACAGAAAUUUAACGAAGAACUGGAAUUUUGGGGAUUACCAGAAACUGAAUUAGAAUCGUGUUGCUUCACUAAAUAUAUUUCAUACUUUGAUAACCUACAAGUUUUAACUGUUUUAGAGGAAGGGGAAUGCAAAAGAAAUACUAUGUUUGAAAUAGUAGCGACGAUGGCCGGCGGGAACGGAUGGAGGUCUGUACAAGCGAGAGUGUGGUCUGUUAUGGAAUAUCCUACUUCCUCUAUGUUAGCCAAGAUAUAUUUAUACAUCAGCAAUGCGAUAGUCUUGCUGUCUUUAUUCCUACUGGUCAGCAGCACACAUCCAUUAUUUAGAAGGAAAUUAACAAAAGAUGAAUGGUUUGAUUACUUCACUGAGGAGGAGGAGGAACUGUUCGAUGAUUACUGGUUUAAUGAAACAUAUUACGACACCGCAAUUAUACUACCAAAACAUGUUUACGUUGAAAUCGAUGCUUUUUGGUAUCUCAAAAUGAUAACAUUGGCGUACUUUACGAUUGAACUUAUCUGCAAACUUAUAGUGUUUCCUUUGCCAUGGAGGGAGUUUAUUACAUUUUUAAACUUCAUAGACGUUUUGGCCCUUAUUGUAAUGUAUACGUCGCUCAUCGUAGAUCAAGUGAAUCCUAAAGAGGUAUAUAAGGAUUCUGGUCAUGAUAUUGUGUAUUCACUUCAGUUAUUUCGAGUCUUUCGAUUAUUUCGACUGGUAAGGCACAUCAGCGGAUUCCGAAUAUUGGUGUACACGUUACGUGCUAGUGUGGGGGAUUUAUUAGUUAUGCUGCUAACUUUGUGUACAGCUGUUUUGUUGUUCUCGUCUCUCGCCUACUUCUCGCAAGAUUCUGCCUUUGCACAUAUCCCUGACGCUGCAUGGUGGGCUAUUGUCACUCUAACGACAGUUGGUUAUGGAGAUAUCUACCCGACAACUGUCCAAGGAAGGCUGAUCGCGUCAAUUUGUGCAAUAACUGGGGUGUGCCUUCUUGCUCUACUGAUUCCGGUACUCGUUAAUAAUUUUCUGUUAUUCUACUCUCACUAUGUUGGAAUAGAAAGACGACAAAACGCGAAGAAAAACGUUAUCACGAGAAAGUCGUCAGUUGGACCAAAGUAG